AUGGCCCUUCCGAACUAUGGCCUUGCAAUCUUCCGCCUCUUCAGCCUUCUCCCGACAGACGGCUGGUUGGCAGGCGCAAGGCGCGGUGGCAUCUUCGAAACCUUUGCAGGCUGUGGACCCGCCACUUGGUUGCAGCGGGAAACUGGCUGGCUCUGGGACGAACAGAGAUGCAUCCUGCAGCCUUGCCGCCCCUCAGUGCGGUGCAAACUGCAAUGCUUGCUCGCCUUGAGAGGCAGGUCAUGGUUUGGCUCCGCCUGGGCACAGGCCCCAGACGCGGACUUGAAGGUGAACAGCAUUGCUUCGUUCAAUCCAGAAAGGCAAGCAGGGAUCGGGUAUGGCCCGCUUCAAUCUGGAAAAUCCUCCUCUACCAGCAGCCUGCGCAUCAAGCCUGACAGAUUGGUUUUCGAGGUGGCCCCCCAGUUUGAUGCUUCUCGGUUCCUAGUUGACCCUCUCCUUAAGAGUGGCUUCGCAGACCCAAGAGCCUUCCUGAAGCCCGAAACCUGCUGGCCAAAAACGAAGCUAGCCCGAGUGCAAGCCGACCGUGAUGAUCAGCUGGCCCUUUACAAAAAGUGGGACCUAGUGGACUCUUUGUAUCUGCUCCCAGCCUCGCAGUCUGAACAUAGAUAUCGUUGCGGUUUGUUUGCUGUGUACAAGGAUGACAGGGUUGACCGCCAGAUAUUGAAUCCUAUUUCCGAGAAUUCUAGGAGCUUUUCGGUGUCUGACGCUACGCUGUCGCUUGCGCACUCCAGUUUGCUAUGCCAGAUGUUUCUUCCUGAGACAGAGAACCUGGUGAUGGGAUCAGAUGACCUUAAGGAUUUUUAUCACAACUUCAUUGUCAGCGAUGCCCACGCAGCCCGGAACCACAUUCACGGAGUCUUCCCAGGCCCUGGGUACGAGCUGCUAUGUAUCGAUGACCAUGCAUAUCUUCUGCGAGUACCUCGUAAAGCUGUUUCCAAAGAGCCUCCUCCCUCCCGAGCCGAUCAGAAGAUCUUUGCACGGGCUGGUAAGCAGUAUGCGUCGGUGAACCUCAGAACAUCACCAAAGAAGGCCGUUCGUAACGCUUAUAAAGCUACCAUCCUGGGGGGCGAGAUAGACGGGAUCCGGGGUGAUAUUUGUGCACCAAGAUUGAAGACUGUUGCAUUAUGUGCUUUGACUUUGGAGCUGGUGCUGCUGGGGUUCACGACCACCGAGCUUCUGCAGAGCAUCAUAGGAUCAUGGAUUUUUGUCGUCAUGUUUCGCCGGCCAACCAUGUGUCUCAUGAGUCAGGUUUUCCAUGACAUUGCGCAACAUGCCCGCGGUGAGAUUUUCGCCCUUUCUCAUGAUGCAAAGCAGGAGCUGAUGCUACUUAUCCUUUUUGCACCUUGCAUGACGACGGACCUGAGGGCGAAGAGCAAGGUGCAGCCUUUCGGUUUUGACCCAGACGAGCCCAUCACUCGGGGCGGCACAUUGCUCGCCAUGAGGGCAGCCUUGAUUAUGCAUCUGUGCGCUGCCUAUGGCCUAAUUUCCACCAGCGAAACUCCUCUGGCAUAUGUCCCAUCCCAGCGCUCAGACACCUUUGCCGACUACUUGCGCCGUGCAUUGAGGUGGAUUGCAGAUUUGAGCCUGACGCUUCAAUGGAAAGUUCUCUUGCAAUAUCGUUUCAAGCGUGUGAACCACAUCAAUGUCAACGAGGAGCUUUCUUUCCGAAGCCUGCUCAAACACCUUGCAAAAACCGAACCGAAUUCUCGUUUUGAGGCCUUGCUGGAUAGUCGAGUCACUAUCGGUUGCAACUCGAAGGGCAGGUCAAGCAGUCAGAAGCUUAACUUCUAUUUGUCAACAGUUCUUCCACAUAUUCUGGGUGCAGGGCUUUAUCCGAGUCUUUUCCAUGUCGGCACCGAUGAUAAUGUGGCUGACGAUCCCUCGCGCUUGAAACAGCUCAGGGAGCGCUUGGAAGUUCAGCCCUUUUGGUUAAAGCAAUUGCUCAGUGGCUCAAAGCGCAUUCUCGAUUUGGUCAAGAUUACUGACGACAUCUUGGGACCAGCGGGGUUGUGGGCCCGGUUGACGGUUCUGCAGCUCUACAAGAGAGAGCAUGCCUCGGCCCGGGUUACGCUGGACUUUGAUUCCGGUUUAACCUCGGUUGUGAAGAACAGACGAGCUGGUCUGUUUGACUCUUUUCAGCAAUGGAGCGAGGACCAGUUCCAGUGCACUUUUUCUCAGCUCGCAAGCUCUGGGCUGCUACUCUGCACUACGCUGAUUGCUUUCGGCAAGUAUCUUUUCUAUGAGGGUUAUCCUAAGUAUGUUUUCUCUGAAGCCCUCAAUGCGGUGGUGGAUCGCUAUCGGCACUUCAAAGCAUCUUUGGCGUCGGCGUGGAAUAUCCUCUCCAGGUGGGAGGAAGAGGAGCCAACUGAGAGGUCCAUGGUGAUGCCGGAGGCGAUGAUCAGAGCAGCUGUCACAGUUUCUUUGAUGUGGGGUUGGCCGCUUUUCGCUGCUACUUUACUGCUGGGUUUUCAUGGCCUCCUCAGGCCAGGCGAGUUUCUGUACUUGACCAGGGAAGAGCUGAUCCUGCCCAGGGACUUGCUCACCGCGACCCAGCUGGCAUUUGUACGCAUUACGGACGGCAAGACUCGGCGCUUUAUGCGUCGGCAACAUGCUCGCAUCUCUGAUCACAAGACGGCAAUGUUUCUGGAUGCGCUUUUCGGGCAUCUACCUCCCGGCGCUUCCCUCUUCAACUGCUCACGUGAAGUGCAUCGUACCCGUUGGAAUGCCGUCUUCUCCCACCUGCAUGUGGCCACCUCUGAAGCUGAUAAGGGUGUCACUCCGAAAACUUUGCGAGGCUCAGGAGCGACAUGGCUCUAUCAAAGAACAGAAGACGUUGAAAAGAUUCAGUGGCGUGGCCGGUGGCAACAACGCAAGACGCUUGAGUAUUACCUACAGGACGUAGCCGGGCAAUUAUUGCUCGCAAAGCUGACACAGAGUCAGCGGCUCCAGGGCUCGCUGUUCUGGCUCUGCGAGCGGCGACAGCUACGUAACAUGAUUGGAAUGGAGCUCCAGUGUUUGAAGAUGGGCCUGAGAGCCUACCUCCUGCUCCUUUCGACGUUUGUGCAGUCUGCCAAGUUCGGCGAUCAUGCAAAGCAGCUCGCCUGCGCACUCGGGAUACUUGUUAGCAGCAGAGCAAAAGUGACGAGCCAUCUUUGGCUUGCUAAAGAUUGUGAAGAAGCGAUGCCUGUUGCUUGUAGCUUUUGGGGCCCACCCAGCCCGCCCGGAAUGGAGCUCCAGUGUUUGAAGAUGGGCCUGAGAGCCUACCUCCUGCUCCUUUCGACGUUUGUGCAGUCUGCCAAGUUCGGCGAUCAUGCAAAGCAUCUCGCCUGCGCACUCGGGAUACUUGUUAGCAGCAGAGCAAAAGUGACGAAGGGCGACCGGCUGACUUCCUACAAUCUCUUCAACGUACAGCCAUCUGAGAACAGCUCCGACUUCCGAGAGGUGGCAGUGUUCAGUGCUUCCACGAAGAACUUCGUCUUCCAGUCGAACUUGGUAUGGAUGAAUGGCAACAGGUCGGCCAUGCCCCCACCGCACCUCUUCGACUGCGAGCCAGGGGAAGUUGGGAAGUAG